AUGUUAUUCUACUCUUUCCUCAAAAAGAAUGAAGCCAGUUUCAUCAGCAAUACUCCACGUGUGCCAAGAGAACAUUCCAGCCCAGUCGAGCACAACAGCAAUUUCUCCCAUACUCUGCUCAACACCUCUGGGAGUCAGAGGGUAAAUUGCAGGGGUAUCCACUAGUUUGAUAUGGAUUUAGUAGACCUGUCACUACUCUCUUGAUUUUAUGAGGCAGUUAUCUGGUCUACACUGUCAUAAAAAAUGUAGUUCAGUGAAACAGAACUCAAACGUAUCACUCUUUGCAGAUUACAACCCCCAACUCCUCACAUCUAGGAGACAGCAUUUGCUAUGCCGAACUCAAAGCUAACAAGACCGAAAUUGAUGACUCCACUUUAUCUGAGAAACCCUGUAUUUGGCCUACGGUAGGGCUCGUGCUUGAAUAAGAAACUUUCCAAGUAGGGUGUGGUGUGGAGAGAGAAAUUGAACCUGUCUUUUUAAUCUUCAUGGCAUUUGAAGGAUAAGACCCCCAGACAGACGGUGAUUGAUAAGAGGGGUCGCAUCGCAUGGAGCCCUGAAAUUAUUCCUCCUCAGGAGGACACUGGUCAAGCAUCUAGCCCCAAGAAAAGGAAGCUAUCUAGAGAGAACAGUGUUGAGAAGACUGGAAAGAUGAAGACAAACUGCAGAGCAGGUCACAGAAUUCUCCAUGAAAUUAUUUGUUUAUUUCAAAUACCAGAUAUUCUGUUGAAUGAAAAACAUUAAGGAUAUUUUUUUUUUUCAGUUUGCCCAUCAAAGCGCUGGAGCCACACUAUGUGUCUGAGUGAUCCUGAGACGGCCAUUGUCAUUGGAGGAGAAGCUUCUGACCAGACUCACUGCGAGGACUCCCUAUGGAAACUGGAGAUAGGUGAGAAGAGUUGCCCAUUUUAAUAACUUGUACAAAACAAUUUGGGGCCAAAAUGUAAAAAUUUGUUUCCUACCAUCUUGAAAUGCCCAGCACACAUUUGUUUGAUCAAAUUGAUUGUCACCUUUAUCUUCUCAGACAACGAUUUUUGGUUCCCAAUUAACUCCUCCACCUCUGGACCUGUCCCACCGUGUGCCCAUGGCCACUCUGCAACCUAUGACCCUGAUUCCAAGGUCGUCUACGUGUACGGUGGCCUGAGGGAGGGCCAGCGCUACAGUGACCUUUAUAUCCUCAACACUCUAACCUGGAAGUGGAAGCUUGUCACAGUGAGUGUCCUGUCCAGUGCCCCUUGUCAAUUUGUAGUUGAAUUGACCUCAAGGACCUUAAAACUAAAAGUUAGAUUUUCUCUCUUGUGGAAAUUCUUUCUCUAGGCAAGAGGCGAUGUCCCCAUGUUGGCGAAUCACUCUGCAACCAUCUAUAAGAAAGAGCUCUUUGUUUUUGGGGGGGUUCACCCAAGCCGCUGUCCUGGAGGCAAGGCCUGCAGUAAUGCUCUGUACAUUUUUAACCCAGAGUUUGAGCUCUGGUACCAACCCAUUGUCGAGGGGGACCGACCUCAACCUAGGUUUGGGUCAGUGUUCCUUGAUUUAUAUUUCUGUAGACAAGGCAUUGGGCUAUUACAAUACUUCACUUACUGUAUCUAACCAUUACAGGACGACAGUGCUUAUUUAAGAAACACAUUUUGUGUUUACAUUACAGGCACUCAACCACGCUUUUGUCCAACCAGUUGCUCAUUUUUGGUGGCAGGAAGACUGCAACCUACCUAAACGACCUCCACAUUUUGGAUCUCGGUAAGGCACUGACAGUGGUGAUGUGGAUUACUCUCUAUACAAAGCUAGUUGCCACUAUCUUCAAAUGUAAUUUUCUUCAUUUUGGCAAAAGGCUUCAUGGAGUACACGGCUGUGAAAUAUGAGAACAUGCCACCGCAGCCUCGAGGGUGAGAACAUAUACUUAUUCAACCUUGUAAAAUGUGAACGCAAUGCCCAUCUGACAUUUUUUCAUCUUUCAGAUAUCUAGGACAUCAACAUGUAUUUGCUAUGAUGAAAAAUAAUGUCUCUAUUGCCACACAGACCAAUAUUGCAACCAUUUAAUUCUAUGCCAUUUGUUGAAUCUGAUAUUUAUUGACAAUGAUGUAUAUUGGUGUAGAAAUGCCUUUUUACUGUGAUAACGUUGCCCUAUCUCACCUGUGUGGUCAGAUAUCACGCAGCACUGCCAAUAUCAGACAACAGGAUGCUGGUCAGUGGAGGCUGCAGUGCUAUUGGAGCCCUACAGGACAUUCAUAUCUUCAACAUGGGUGAGUACACACUCACCAAGGCCUGUCAUGUUUUUAAGAAAGUUAAAAUAGUAAUCCAGUAUCUUUCAAUUGCUUUGAAUAGAAAUGCCUCUGUCUUGAUAAUUUUCAGACACCAGCAUGUGGAGUUCAGUGGUGUCCCCUCUGCUCUGUGCCAAGCCUCGUGCCGGACACAGCGUGAUCAAUCUGGGAGGUUCUGGCUUCACAGACCCUGAUAAACAGAAGCAGGGGGAGUAUACCAACAUCCACUGCACCCUCUUGGUGUUUGGGGGCUCAGACUGCGCUGGGACCUUCUACAAUAACACAAUGAAGUGCACAGUGGAGAUCCCUGUAGAUUAG